CGGAAUCGUAGUGUAUGAAGGUGAAUUUGAUGAAAUAAAAGGCAACAGUGAACCAGCAACAGCAGCAGCAACAUCAGCAUCAUGGCGAUGGAAUGGAUAACGGCAAUAGAUAAACGGCCUUGCGAUCGGAACCUGCGUGACUGUGAGCUGAUAUCGUGCCGAUUGCGUCGGGUAGAACCACUGUGUAGGUUGCCCGGAUCUGCCCUGCAGCAGCUCGCCAUGUGCGGAUUCUACGAGGAUCUGGAGAAAGGCGUGACGUUAUUUCGAGCUGGCGAACAGGGAAGAUAUUGGUACGCCGUGCUUGGAGGCCAGCUCGAGGUUCGGUACCACGCCGCAGACACCAAAGAUGGAAAGCUGUCAGUAACACUAUGUAAUUUGGGCGUCGGGGCCACCUUCGGCGAGUCCAUCCUGCACGAUCUGCCCCGGGACAGCACGGUGGUAACCAAAACCACCUGCGAGCUGCUGCGAGUGGAGCAGCAAGAUUUCAGACUGAUUUUUGAGAAAAAUAAAGAAUUAAUGAACGACAUAAUUACGAACUGUAGGCUAAAAAAUGGAUUUGGCCAGAGCAUGCAGACGACCAGCACGGUGCAGACGAACGUGCAGCAGCAGCCGUCGCCAACGAAAAAGCAGCUCAGUCCGGAUCAUCCAAAUCCUGCCGCACCAAUCACGGAGAUACCAAGUCCUGCAAUGUCCCGCAUGGGUUGGGCACUCCGUGUUCUCCUAGUGUCAGACAAUACCAGCUGUUUAAAGGACCGAAAGGUGGGCGGAAAAUUCAUCCGGAAAUGUGCCCCCGGCACGGAGCUGGUCGAGUGGUUGCUGAAUCUUUCGCCGAUCGUGCACACGCGAACGCAGGCGGCCGGCAUGUGGCAGGCGCUGCUCGAGGAAGGGGUCCUGUGUCACGUGGCAAAAGAGCAGCCGUUCAAAGACAAGUGCUUUCUGUAUCGCUUCAAGUCGGAUGAGGACGGUACGGCGGGCGGUGCACCGACGUCCGACGAUGUGAACCACGCGAACGAACACAUCCGAGAGGCACUUCCGGCGCUGUUACACCGCGGCCCGGAUGCAACGCUCCGCAUGAUCCUGAGGAAGCCGUCGCAUGAGCGGACGCAGGAGGAGCUGGAGCUGGUGUACGAGGAACUGCUGCACAUCGCCGCCCUGUCGCAUCUGUCAACCUCCAUCAAGCGCGAGCUGGCCUCCAUAAUCGUCUUCGAGGCGCACGCACAUGCCGGCACCGUGUUGUUCAACCAAGGUGACGAAGGACGGUCCUGGUACAUCCUGCUGAAGGGUUCGGUUGACGUCGUCAUCCACGGCAAGGGUACGGUCGCGACGCUCAAGGAAGGUGACGAUUUCGGCAAGCUGGCACUAAUCAACGAUGCCCCUAGGGCGGCCACGAUCGUGCUGAAGGAGAACAACUGCCACCUGCUGCGGGUGGACAAGGAGCACUUCAACCGCAUCCUGCGCGAUGUCGAAGCGAACACGCUGCGGCUGCAAGAGCACGGCAAAGACGUACUAAUCCUGGAGCGGGUCGCCAAGCAGCGCGGCUACUCGGCAUUCAAAUACACGGUUAUGUCCGGUACGCCACAGAAGAUGCUGGAGCACCUGCUGGAGACGCGGCUCGGUGGACAGGCGGGACCGAACGAUCCGUUCCUGGACGAUUUCCUGCUCACGCACAUCGUCUUCAUGCCGACCCCGCUGCUGAUCGACGAGCUAGCCGCCAACUAUCACGCCGACGCCGACAUCGACCUGCGGCAGGCGAGCGAAGAGGACCAGGAGUACUUUCUCACCAGCAAGCGGCGGGUGGUGCAGUUCAUCCAGCGGUGGGUGCUGGCGGUGCGGCACGCCGUUUUCGACGAUCCACUGGCGGUUGAGUUUAUCGAGGAACUGGCAACGGACGUCGAGGCGGAACCGGCACUCCAGGAGGAAGCGAGCAUCAUACAUCACGUGCUAACGCAAUUAUCCCGAUAUCAGGAGGACCGGCAGAUGAACGCUACCCAGAAGUGGAAACUCCCACCCAACGGACAGCCGAUCUGCCUGUUUAGUGGAAACACACACUCAAAGACUGUUAUACGCCCGGAUGACGAUAUAAUUUUCCGCGUGUACUGCGCCGACCAUACGUACUGCACCCUGCGCUUCCCGAUGGCCACCACGGCGGAGGUAAUUAAGGCCUGUGCUGCCGACAAGCUGCAGAUCGCCCGGCUACCGGAGGACCUGCUGCUGGUGGAGGUGAAAUCGAGCGGCGAGCGAGUCGUGUUUAAGGACAACGACGUCAGCUUACCGACGGCGCUCAGCUUGAACGGACGCAUCUUCGUUUCACCCAAGGACCACCUGGACGCGUUGACACCCCUGCCCGAGCAGGAAGUACCGACGGAGGCUCCGGAUGUGGACUUCGAAGCUCUAUCAACCAAGGACGUGGCCUACCAUAUAACGCUGUUCGACUGGGAUCUAUUCUGGGCUGUGCACGAGUACGAACUGCUGUAUCAUACCUUCGGUCGACAUCAUUUCAACAAGAUCACAUCGAAUCUGGACGUUUUCAUCCGACGGUUCAACGAGAUCCAGUACUGGGUCGUCACGGAGAUCGUCUCGACGACCAACAUGACCAAACGGAUGUCUCUGGUGAAGAAGUUCAUCAAACUGGCCGCAUUCUGCAAAGAAUACCAGAACCUGAACGCGUUCUUUGCCAUCGUGAUGGGCCUCUCGAACACGGCCGUCUCGAGGCUGUCGGGCACGUGGGACAAGCUGCCGUCCAAGUUCCGGAAGCUCUUCACCGAGUACGAGGCGCUCAUCGAUCCGAGCCGGAACCAUCGCGCUUAUCGUAUGUCGGUCGGAAAACUGCAACCACCGGUCAUCCCGUUCAUGCCACUGCUGCUCAAGGACAUGACGUUCGCUCACGAGGGCAACAAGACCAGCCUGGACGGGUUGGUGAACUUCGAGAAGAUGCACAUGAUGGCGCAAACGAUGCGCGCGGUGCGGUUUUGUCGGUCCCGUCACUUGGUGCUGGAUCCACCGUCGCCGAAAAACGAGAACGAAAUACGCAACUACAUCCGCUGCUUCCGGACGAUCGAUAACCAAAGAGUGCUGAACUCGAUGUCGCAGAAGGUGGAACCGCGUCGAUCUUAAGACACCGCCAAGGGAUAUACCUACAUGCACGGCAGCACCGGACAGCAGCCCCAAAGGGACCGGCGUCCGUUUGUGAGGCGUGAAGGAUGCGAUAAAUGGAUCACCGGAGCGCCCACUGGGGAGAUUAAUUUAAAACUUCACACCCACCAACCCCGUUUCCCAGCACACUUCGUCCGUAUCCUCCGGAGGCCCCACCAAUCAACUAACCGACUGGACCAAACGCCUGGGGGGCGUAUCCUAGCCGAGCUGGUACCAUGAGACCAAUCCUGAUUGCAUGAUGAGAUACAGAAAUAAAAACACACUCCAUAGGCGAUACGUUUUUCAGGCGACGCAACGUGGAGUUUCUCCUGCAGAUAAUACAUCGUUGAGUUGAUAUGCACAUGUUCUCAGCACAUAGCGACCUAAAUGACAAAAUAUUAAAUGUGCUAACAUUUUCAAGAAGAGCAAAAGUCUCAUCCAAAUCUCCCCAGCAAGUAUAUGGUUCAACUUUGACGCGCAAUGAGCGCCAACGUGAAGUAUUAAAUACUUCUGUUAACAACUCUGAAAAACAAUUACGAAAAAGGAUGCUUUCUCGUUCCCAACACCAAUAUUUUUCGUUGAGAUUCUCUUUUUGCACAACGCUAAUUGAUCAUUGAUUUAAACUCGUUGACACGCUCAUUGACCCGUACCGACCUAGAAGGUGGUAGGUAAAGUAUUGUUUUAAGUAUUUUCAGUUGUAUAUUCGUAAUUAUUUUGGUCAAAUAAACCUGACGCUAAGCGACUA